GGGAUGCCGCUUAGCUAGAUAGUAAUCCCACCGAAGCAAUCCUACUCUCACAGCCUCACUUCUCCCUCUGCCCCACGCAAGGCACCUAAAGGCCACCACCGCCUCUUCACCUCCCGAUCAAAAUCCCCCGCCGCACCGAGCGGAGCGCCGCCGUGACCAAGCUCGCAUGAGGUGUGCCUCCCGGUGCCCGCAGCCAUGGGAGCUCAGCAGAGCGUCAACGCAGGGAAAGCCAAGGUGGAUAUGCAAAUCGACCUUACCCACAUGUUGUGCGAGGCGCUGCUGCUGCCGCCCCUCAGGAGCUCCGGCGUCGCAUUAUCACAAGUCGUUGGGAGGAUCUCUCUCAAACACCCAAGCCUCUUUGGGAGAAGCGAGAAGUUGGAUGUUAUAUUGGAUAAGGGAAUCAAUGAUUCCAACUUUGUUGUUGCCUUUAGGCGCCCAAGGCCUGAGUGGUUAUCACAGCAAUCAUUUGUUAUUCAGCACUCAAUGACACCAGAAGUUGCUGUCCAUGGAUUCCCGGCUGAUAACUUCACACGAUCAGGGAGCAGAGGGAUAAACCUUAGCCGGCUGUCGUUUGGUUUGGAGCUUAAUGAACCAGCAACAUCAAACUGGACUUCUGGAACUAGUUUUAAGUUUGAGCAUAUCCGGCCUGUUAAUAAUCAGGGCCGCUCCAUUGCCAGAGACCACGAUGGCUUUCCUCUGACCUGCAGUGGUAACCUCCAUGACAACAUGAUCAUCUUGAAGCAAGAAUCUGGUUAUGCAGAUGUUAAUGAUAAUAGCUUCUUAAAAGUUAAUUUCCAAAUGGAACAAGGGUUGCCACUUGUACCAAAAUCACUGACCUUCAAUAGAGUUAAAUGUGCAGUUUCAAAAGGCAUCAAGUUGGGCCCGACAUUUUUGGUUACUAGUCUGACAGGUGGGUCCAUUGUGGGGGACAUGGCACCAUAUCAAGCUUUUGCCAUAGGUGGACUUGGUAGUGUCAGGGGCUAUGGUGAGGGCGCGGUUGGUUCCGGAAGACUAUGUCUAGUUGCUAACUGUGAAUAUACGAUUCCCUUGGCGAAGCAUCUUGAGGGCUCUAUUUUUAUGGACUGUGGCAGUGACUUGGGAUCUGCUCGUCAUGUUCCUGGCAAUCCAGCUCUACGGCAGGGGAAACCAGGAUUUGGUGCUGGAUUUGGAUAUGGACUUCACUUCAACACGGACCUAGGUGCAAGUCCUCCACUACCAGUUCGGGGGAGGUUAUAUCAAGGGAGUGGCUGUAGACAUGGCGCAUCUUCUUCAGGUGCUGUGGCCUUUCCAUCGUUCACGAACACGGUGGGUGAAGAAGAGAUGGAUGAUGAAGAUGAGUACUCCGAACCUUCCAACAAGUAUGACAAGGCAAAUUGGAGCGAAACAAACACCGGUAUAUUUUGUGAACUAGCUGUCAAGCAAUUGAGGCUAGGGAAUUGCCCAGGUAGGAAUAUGAAUAUAAGGGGUUAUAAAGAAAUGGUACAAAAAUUCAAAGAAAGGACAAACCUAAACCAUGAACCCAAACAAUUCAGAAACAGAUGGGCACAAUGCAGGAAACUUUAUACUUUCUACAAAGCCGUAAUGUUACAAUCAGGAUUAGGUAGAAAACCAAAUGGUGCGAUUAGAGCUUCGGAGACGUGGUGGAAAAAUAACAUUAAGAGUUCAGAGUGCAUGAAAUUUUCGAAAUUCAUACCACACUAUAUGGAUGAGUUACAUGAAACGUUCCACAAUGUGGUUGUGGAUGGAACUUCGUAGACCAUAGCUGGAGAUGUCAAUGAGGAAGAGGAAUAUGAAGAAGAAGAUGAACUUGAGGCUGAGAAAGAUGGAAAUGAUGUUGAUGCAAGGCCGAUGAGUAAUUGUUGGAGUAUGUGUGUAUUAUGGUCCAAU